UUAUUAUAUACAAAUACAACGCUCGUCAUGCUUACUCGGCUAAGUAGACGAUUUCAGUCCACCAGAGCGCUUACGGUGGGUGAUCGUGUAGUCAUAUCGAAAAGAGUCGAUAAAUCGGAUAUCAACGAGUUUGCUCGCCUGAGUGGUGACACUAAUCCCAUACAUUCCGGUGAUCGUCCGUUGGUGCACGGCAUUUAUUUGGCGGGUCUGGUAUCCGGGGUGAUUGGUACCAAGUUACCUGGUAACGGCACGAUUGUCGUGUCCAAGACCCUGAGGUUCACAAACGCGUGUUAUGCCGGCGACCUAGUAAAAAUCGAAGUUGAGAUACAGACCAUAAGAAAGCUUGUGAGGUGUGGAUUUUGGUGUAGGGUCGGGGACAAGGUAGUGAUGGAAGGCACUGCGGACGUUAUCAAUAAACGUCUUACUAAAAAUCAGACGCCUGAUAAUACAGUUUAAAAUAGAGAGUUAAAAAACAAAAACUUGUGUUAUAUUUUAAGCGUCCAAAUCCCCGGAUUGAUUAAUUUAGUCACUUUUUAACUGUUAACAUUUUAAAAUUAAGCGUGCAAAUUUAUAUUUUAUAGUUUAUCAAUAUAAUACUUACUAUUAUAUAAUGAAGAUGGUGUUAUUGUUCUAUAUUAAAUAUUCUAUAAUAUACAGUUUAUAUUUAAGUUAUAAAUGCAUACCUAAUAGUUGUAUAGGUGCACGUCAAUUCCUAACCAUUAACGACAAGUCGACAACCCUUAAUCGCCUAAAAUGUUCUAAUGUGAUUAAAGGGUCGAUUAUACUAUAAACGAAAUCACUAGCAACCGGGCCCUCGAAUAUUGUCGCAGUUACACAGCGAUGUCGGCCCCAAAUAAAGUUGACCUGUUUAUAGUUUUUUCGCUACUCACUGGCAAUUUUAUUCUCCGGAAAGUGCGAUCGAUUUUUUUAAUCGACAUGGCACUAUCGCUAGUGUGCUAGUGACUAUAUGUAGCUAGUAUAGUAAUCGUGACUUGCGACUGCCAGCUCACUCUCGCCAUACUUUUUUCACCGACGAUAGCAGCGAGUAAAUUCACUCUAUGUAAUUGGGGUAAAUCCUAAUGAAAGAAAUUCCCGUGUUUUUUUAAAAAUUUUUACACUUACAUUUUAAAAUCAUAAUUCUCAACUAAAUUUGAAUGGGUAGGUACCUAUAUAAAAACAAGUUUUCUGGUUUAAAACUAUACAAUUUAAAUCGUUUUAGAGUCGUAAACUCGUAAUGGUAUAAUUUAUGACGUUAUAUCUAUUAUACAUUAUGCUCGUAUAUUACGUUAGAAGAAUCGUUGAAAUUUUUUAGAUGUAUAUAGUAAGUCACUAUGAACCUAUAUAAUUCGCAGUAAAAGUGAAAUACCGAAAUCUCAUCAUUAUUGUUGGGUAUACAAGUCUUAACAAUAAUAUAGUAUCGCGUGAAGUUGGCCUUAUAAUUGUUUUGUUAUCACAGAAUUUUAUAUUUUUUUUUUGGUCAUUAUACUCGUAAUUUAAUGUUUACAAAACGAACGCAGCGAACCAGUUUCCUGAACCGUAUGUAUUGUUUCUCUUUUCGAAAAUUAAACAGUUCUCCAUCA